AGGUGUCCGAGCAGGAGGAGCAGGAGCCCAACUAGAAACUCUUCUCGUCAUUCAUUGUCCCUAGGCUUCCGCUCUGCUUCCUUCAGCGUCCGCCACUUCCUCCUCCCGCCAAUGAGAGCUAAGGAAGUUAAAGCCCCGCCCCAGUGCGUCAGACGCGUUUGUGGCACGCACGAGAACGCCUGCGCAAACGCGCGCAGGAGGCGGGCUGGGCCAACUUCCGAACAACAGGCAGUUCGCCCGCGCCUAAGUUGGCGCGGGCUGUCCCGACCAGUUAAGAUGUUGCGUGUGGUGAGCUGGAACAUCAAUGGGAUUCGGAGACCCCUGCAAGGGGUGGCAAAUCAGGAACCCAGCAACUGUGCCGCCGUGGCCGUGGGGCGCAUUUUGGACGAGCUGGAUGCCGAUAUCGUCUGUCUCCAGGAGACCAAAGUGACCAGGGAUGCACUGACAGAACCCCUGGCUAUCGUUGAGGGUUAUAACUCCUAUUUCAGCUUCAGCCGCAACCGUAGUGGCUAUUCUGGUGUAGCCACCUUCUGUAAGGACAGCGCUACCCCAGUGGCUGCUGAAGAAGGCCUGAGGGGCCUGUUUGCCCCCCAGAAUGGGGAUGUGGGUUGCUAUGGAAACACAGAUGAGUUUACCCAAGAGGAACUCCGGGCUCUGGAUAGUGAGGGCCGGGCCCUCCUCACACAGCACAAGAUCUGCACAUGGGAAGGAAAGGAGAGGACCUUGACCCUAAUCAACGUGUACUGCCCCCACGCAGACCCUGGGAGGCCUGAGCGGCUGGUCUUUAAGAUGCGCUUCUAUCGCUUGUUGCAAAUCCGAGCAGAAGCCCUUCUGGCGGCAGGCAGCCAUGUGAUCAUUCUGGGUGACCUGAAUACAGCCCACCGCCCCAUUGACCACUGGGAUUCAGCCAACCUGGUAAGGCUCCCUCUAGGUGCCUGGCCCCACUCCUGACUGAUUCUGUUUGUCCAGCCAACCAACACUGGGUUUUUGGCCCAGGGACAGCUUCCUUUAUGGGAAAGUAGAGCUUGGUUUGUAAUACUAUUCUUAUAGUACUGAGGAUUGGUCAUUCAUUCAAUAGACAAUACUGACUCUGACUAUGGCCUGGCCCUGAGCCCCAUACUGAGGACUCAGGAGUCAGAUCCAGCUCUUGGUUCCUAGGAACUCUCAGCAUGGUGGUGGGCUACAGACACAUGGCUAGCAGGUUUUAGGAUGGUAUUCUUAGGGCAGAGGCACAGAUGGCAUCCCAGAAAACUAUGGGAGUUCAGAGAUGGGAUUCCUUGGUGAGCUCAGACAUCAGGACAGGCAGCUGAAAAUGCCUGAAUCUUAAAAGAUGAGUAGAACAGAGCUUUGAGGUAGCAAAGCAUUCUAGCAUGGGCAAAGGUUUCAAGGUGAGAAUUUGCAUUGUGUGUAUGGGGAGCCACAAGUCCCUUUCUUGUUAGUGACAUGGGAAGGGAGGUGCUUGGCAGAAGAUGGGGCUGAAGAGUUUUUGGGGAGUCAGAUUUCAAGGACUGUGAAUUCCACAUCGCCUUGGUCAUUUCCUUAAUACACUCUGUUUCUUGCUUGUGAGCUUUCAAUACCUCUCUGUUACCUCUGUGAUGCAGAGAAAAUAUGGAGGCCUAGUAUUCAAAGCUCUUGGUCUGUGACCUGUCUAUUUCCACCUUCAGUGUCCCUACACAUUUUGUCCUCUUUAGACAGAUUGUUGCCUUUCUGCCCCUUGCAAAAGCUAUUCUCAUUCUGGCUUUUCUCACUGUGCCCUGAAUUGGUGGACAUGACCCCUCUCUGUCUUUUUGUUAUAUGAAUCUCUUAUCUCUAAGUCCCACUAGGCCCAUGGUUUUCAACCCCCAACUGUAUAUUAGAACAAAAAUAUCAAUAUCUUAGCACUACUCCAGACCAAUGAACUCGGUACUCUUGGGUGUGGGGCCAGAGUAGUGGCAUGUUCUGAAAGCCCCCAGUGUGACUUUAUUGUGCAGCCAGGCUUGAGAACCACUGCCCUAGGAUCUACAAGCCAGCUGUUAUCUUGGCUUGCCUCGUGUCUCAUGAUGGGGGAUCAGUGACUCCUGCUGGCACAGUCCCACUCAGCACUGAGCUUGGCUCAGAGGAGGGGCCAUGGGAAUAUUCCUGGAUUCAUUAUUUGCAGAAGAGCUACAUAAAUGUAGAUAUGGCUCCAAGCUGGGAAAAUGAAUAGAAGUGAGAGAAUGGUGGUGGAGGUGUGGUGGGGAGCAGAGAGAAUGCUACAAAGUGCGAGCCUUCAGUUCCUCCCUGCCUCAUUCCUCUUAUGCAUUUAUUCAGUGUGUGCUUUCAGAUUCCCGUGAUAGCAUCAUACACCUUUAUGCCGUCUCUAGUUAGUCCAGAGCUAUCCUAGAUCUCUCAAGUGUGUGUACCUCCUUCAUUUUCUCCUUCAGGAAAAGAGAACUGAUAGUGUCAGCUCAGAUGACAUACACAGUCUUUCCAAAAUAGCAGAACGUGUCUACUUGCCACUAGGCUUGCUCUUUUAGUCUUGUCAUUUCUCUAAAUGGCAGCAUCAUCCCCUUGGUUGCUUCAACUUAAAGCCUGGGCAUUGUGCCAGUAUCGUCUUUCUUUCUUAACCCACUUCCCACAUUCAGUCAGUCGACAAGUAUUGUUGAAUCUAGCUACAAAUCAUCUCAUAAUUUCAUGCUUCUGUCUCCUCUGGCAGCCACCCUAGUCCAAGUGACCGUCAGUCAUCUUGCUUGUGUGACUAUGGCAGUCAUUUCCUGCUGGGAUUCUGGUCCCAAGUCUGGUCUUUCCUCAAGUCUUUUGGGUACGCAGCACGCUCCCUGCACAGGCCCAGCACAGAGACUGUUCUUAAAGUUAAGAGCACCCUCCACCUAGGUUACUCUUGCUCAGCCUCCACACCUCAGCUCCAGAUCACUUCUUGAAAGGAAGCCUCCUUGGUCCCCAGGAAUAGAUCAGAAUUCCUACUUUGUCCCUGGCAUCAUGCUUGACACAUAAUAGGUAUUCCAUGAACGUUUGUUGCAUUGAAUGACUGGGUGGGUAGGUGGAUUGAAUGGAUGGACUAAUGGAUGAUGGAUUGGGGAUCAGAGCCUAAGGAAUUAUUUAGACCUGGAUCCUAGCAGGUCCUCAGCUCAGGAGUUAAGGAUGGUCAUUGAGGGCUUUGACACACCAGAUAAGCCAAAUAGUGCCAGAGGGUUUAAAGGAAGAAGCUGAUGGGCUUCCUAUCUGUUAACCCCAGCCCUACUUCAUAGAGGCAACCACUUUUUUUUUGUAUUUAUUGAAAAUUUUUUUGCAUUUAUUUAAUUUUUUAAAUUAUACUUUGAGU